UAUACGAAUAUAUUUUUUUCGUUUAAGAUGACCUUGACGGAAUUAAUCUCUAAUCUUUCGACAAACCCAUAUUUUGGCGCCGGAUUUGGUUUAUUUGGAGUUGGUGCAAGCGCAGCAAUACUUAGAAAAGGUUUACAAGGAGCCGUAGUGUUAUUUCGCCGACACUUAAUGAUUACGUUAGAAGUGCCAUGUAGAGAUAAAUCUUAUCAAUGGCUACUAAAAUGGAUAACCAUCAGAGGUGCUAAAAAAACACAGCAUUUAAGUGUAGAAACAUCUUUUUUACAAAACGAUAAUGGUCAGAUCAAAACAAGUUACGAGUUCAUACCUAGUAUAGGCAAACAUUUAUUUCAAUAUAAAAAUAAUUGGAUUCAAGUUGAGAGGACACGAGAACAACAAACGUUAGAUUUACACAUGGGCGUGCCUUGGGAAACGGUAACGUUGACAGCGUUUGGUAAUGAUAAAAAAAUAUAUUUUGAUAUCUUAGAAGAAGCUCGUGAACUUGCUUUACAGGCUACUGAGGGAAAAACACUGAUGUACACAGCAAUGGGGUCUGAAUGGAGACCCUUUGGACAACCAAGAAGACGUAGACCUACAUCUUCAGUGGUAUUAGAUUUUGGGAUAUCUGAAAAAAUUAUUGCUGAUUGCAAUGAUUUUAUUCGAAAUUCAUUAUGGUAUACAAAUAGAGGAAUCCCUUACCGUAGAGGUUAUCUUUUAUAUGGACCUCCAGGUUGUGGUAAAUCAAGCUUUAUUACUGCGUUAGCGGGGGAGUUAGAAUAUGGAAUAUGUUUACUUAAUUUAUCAGAAAGGGGACUUACUGACGAUCGAUUAAAUCAUCUUUUAAAUGUUGCUCCUGAGCAAACAAUAAUAUUACUUGAAGACAUUGAUGCUGCAUUUGUUUCUCGGGAAUCCACACUGCUACAAAAAUCUGCGUAUGAUGGUUUGAACAGAAUAACAUUUAGUGGACUGCUGAAUUGCUUAGAUGGUGUAGCAUCAACUGAAGCUCGGAUUGUUUUUAUGACAACAAAUUAUCUAGAUCGCUUAGACCCCGCGUUGAUUCGCCCUGGUCGAAUUGAUAUAAAGGAGUACAUAGGAUAUUGCAGUCAAUAUCAGCUUGAGCAAAUGUUUAAAAAUUUUUUUGGGGAUACUGAAGCUUUAAAUUCUGUGAUUUUUGCAAAAAAAGUUAUCGACUCAUCUCGAUCAGUUAGUCCAGCUCAAAUUCAAGGUUUUUUCAUGAAACAUAAAUCUUCACCGCCCCAACACGUAAUAGAUUGUUGUCAUGACAUUUGGGAAGAGUAGAUUAUAAGUU